AUGACGCUGCGCCCAACUGUCGCGUCUCUCGUGCGCACCCUCCAGCGCGUCCUCGGCCAAGACUCCGCCGCCCUCGAGCUCAAAUGGAUGAAGCAGGCCCUCGACGCUCCAGCUCCUGCACCCACCACACUUGAGGAAAUGCUCGCUCGGCGCGUCGCAGGCGAGCCCCUCCAGUACAUCCUGGGCACCCAGCCUUUUGGCCCGCUCAAUCUCCUCGUGCGUCCCCCGGUGCUUAUUCCGCGGCCAGAAACAGAGGAUUGGGCUUUACGCCUGGCAGAGCGCCUUGCCCCAUCGAGGGAUAGGCCGCUCACAGUCCUGGACCUGUGCACCGGCUCUGGCUGCAUACCACUCUUGCUGUGCCAUCUCGCGCCGCCGGGUGCUUUGUGCGCGACCGGCGUCGACGUCUCUGAGAACGCGAUACAGCUUGCAUCAGACAACGCGGCGCUCUGUCGUAUUGCUGUGUCCGAGAACGGCGCGCCCACCGAGCCCCGGCGUAAUACGUUCACACCUGUGCUAGCGAACAUUCGCGACCCCGCGUUCGCGAUCUCGUCUCGCUUGCGUCCGCCAUAUGACGUCGUGACGUCGAACCCUCCGUAUAUCUCCAAGCGGGAUUACGACCAGCUUCCCGCCUCUGUGAAAGACUACGAAGACCCUCGGGCGCUGCUCGGCGAUUUGAACGGAAGCACAAAGGGGCAAGGACUCGACUUUUACCACACGAUAUCGGACCUACUGAGCAAGAAGUCUCAGCCUCUGCUGAAAGAGGACGGUCUCGUGGCGCUCGAAGUUGGCGAAACUCAAGCCAAAGAUGUUGCAGAGCUUCUCGAUCAGAAAGCCCAUAUUCGGAAUGUCGAGAUCUGGCAGGAUCCAUGGGGCAAGGACCGUGUGGUCGUUGGAAAAUAUCAGAUAUACGCAUGA